AUGGCGAUGCUCUUGAGGUUUAACAAUCCUGGUAUAACGGCCCUAGCUCAGGCUAAAACUACGCUUCAACAUCUGGAUUUUUCGAAAUCAGUACGGUUUACAGACUCUUGUUUGCAUAAAAUUUGUCAUCAUUUGCCGAACCUAGUUUCACUGAAAGUUCGGCGCUGUCGGGCCUUGACGGAUCUUGGAAUAACAGAAAUAGUACGAUUGGAAAAACUUCAAGUGUUGGACAUUUCUGAAUGUGAAUCUGUAACGGGACAAGGUAUUAUUAAAGGUAUCGCUUCCAAGUUGAAUCCCAUGUUACUCGAACUUUAUGUCAGCGCACUAAAUCUAUGCGAGAGCUCGGUAACAAAAAUUGCACAAUGCUUUCCUUCGUUACGAGUGCUUGAUCUGAGUUACUGCUUUCAUUCAGUGUCAGAUCUUUGCUUGCAAAUGAUAUUCAAAAAUUUAAUAUGGUUGAGACAUCUGAACCUAGAUUGCUGUGAUAAGAUAUCAGAUAGUGCUAUGACUGGUGUAGGAAUGUUGCAAAAAGUUCAAGAUUUCGAAAUAAACAAGACAACGGUAGUCCAACCUGUAACACCUAGUAGUUCUGCUAGUGACGAAAUUGAUCAGAUGCCACCGAUUUGUAAUCGGCCACCAACAGGCAAUAUAUCAGAAGAGCCUUUUAGAAUUUCUCUUCGUAGUAAGGCAGAGCAAGAGAUCGUUAAUGAUGCGUUGCGGAAAAGAGCUAUGAUGGAUAUGUCACAAAACGAAUUCCACAAAGAUGAUGCUAGUACUGGAUACUCUAUCGAUCGUCUUAAAGGAUUGCGAGUGCUACGGCUAUCUCAGUGCAAUAAGUUAUCAGAUAUUUCUUUGAUGUAUGCUUUCAAGUUAACGGAAUUGAAAGAAAUAAGCUUGGCAAAAUGUCAGCAAAUAUCUGGGGUGGGCAUAAAAUCAUUAGUGCAAAACUGUCCAUCCCUUGAAGUUGUGGACUUAAGCGAAUGUCAUAACGUAAAUGAUAAAGCAAUUGAAAUGAUCGCCAUUCAUUUAAGACGCCUGCAGACUUUGUCUCUUGAACGAUGUUUCCAACUUUCAGAUUUCAGUUUGGACUAUAUUGCGAUUCAUUGUAAAGCACUGCGGACACUGGAUGUAAGAGGCUGUCGCAAUAUGUGCGCUGAACCAAAUCUACGGCUAGUCAAUGUGCCCACUCUUCGGACUGUUCACGCCAGCAAACCCGGUCCUUAUAUGGGUGAACCAGGUUAUUUUGUGAAGAAACCACCCCCACCUCCGAUGCCAAAACGUAUUUAAUAUUUAAUAUUACUCGAUGCUGGUGGAUUGUUGAUUGUUGUUUUGAUACUGAUUAUUUAUUUCUUAUUGUUUUAAAUAUUAUUUUCACCCAGUAUUUUGUAAUUGUAUUUGCUCAUUUAUUGUUGUUAUGAAUCAAACAUUUGUAUAAAACAUGAAUAAACAAACGAAUUUACUUGUGAA